AUGGCUUUGAAAAAAGUCAAGGGAAACUUCGAAAGAAUGUUCGACAAAAAUCUCACUGAUCUUGUGCGAGGCAUACGAAAUAAUAAAGAUAAUGAGGCAAAAUACAUAGCACAAUGUAUGGAAGAAAUCAAAGUAGAACUGCGGCAGGAUAACAUAGCAGUGAAAGCUAACGCAGUCGCAAAACUUACCUAUCUUCAAAUGCUGGGAUAUGAUAUAUCUUGGGCCAUAUUCAAUGUAAUAGAAGUGAUGAGCUCAAAUAAGUUCACUUAUAAAAGAAUUGGUUACUUGGCUGCCAGUCAGUCCUUUCAUGCUGAUUCUGAGUUACUUAUGUUGACCACAAACAUGAUCCGCAAAGAUCUGAAUGCUCAGAACCAAUAUGAAGCUGGACUUGCUCUUAGUGGGCUUAGUUGUUUCAUAUCCACUGACUUGGCAAAAGAUCUUGCAAAUGACAUAAUGACUCUCAUGAGCUCAACCAAACCUUAUUUAAGAAUGAAGGCUGUGCUCAUGAUGUACAAGGUAUUUCUAAGGUACCCUGAGGCUCUAAGACCAGCCUUUCCUAAAUUGAAAGAAAAAUUGGAAGACUCUGAUCCUGGUGUUCAGUCAGCUGCUGUAAAUGUUGUAUGUGAACUAGCUAGAAAGAACCCCAAAAAUUACCUCUCUUUAGCCCCAGUGUUUUUUAAACUUAUGACCACAUCUACAAACAACUGGAUGCUUAUCAAGAUCAUUAAACUGUUUGGUGCCUUAACCCCAUUAGAGCCUCGACUUGGCAAGAAACUGAUAGAACCAUUAACUAAUUUAAUACAUAGCACAUCGGCGAUGUCGCUCCUAUACGAGUGCAUCAACACGGUGAUCGCUGUGCUCAUCAGCAUCAGCAGCGGUAUGCCGGGACACGCGGCCUCGGUGCAGCUAUGCGUGCAGAAGCUCAGGAUACUCAUCGAGGAUAGCGACCAGAACUUGAAAUACUUGGGACUCCUGGCGAUGUCUCGAAUACUCAAGUCCCACCCGAAGUCAGUGCAGGCACAUAAGGACCUUGUGCUGGCCUGCCUUGACGACAAAGACGAGUCCAUCCGACUUCGGGCCUUAGGAUUGUUGUAUGGAAUGGUAUCAAAGAAGAACCUAAUGGAGAUAGUAAAGAAGCUGAUGGUUCACAUGGAGCGCGCGGAGGGCACGCUGUACCGCGACGAGCUGCUCACGCGCAUGAUCGAGAUCUGCUCGCAGAACAACUACCAGCACGUCGUCGACUUCGAGUGGUACGUCACUGUGCUCGCCGAGCUCACCGAGAUGGAGACGAGCGCUAAACACGGCGCCAUAAUAGCCGCGCAGCUGACGGAGGUGGGCGCGCGCGUGGCGGACGUGCGAGCAUUCGCGGCGCGCGAGUGUGCCGCACUGUGCGCGCGCGCCGCCGCCGCGCCGCCCGGGCCCGCCUCGCGCGAGGUGCUUUACGCCGCCGCCUACGUGCUCGCCGAGUAUUGCGAAGAGGAAGACGUGAUGCGCGAGGCGAUAUCUCCCUUGGUUGUAUGUGCGGGCGUGGGCGGAGGACAGAUGCGAGCGAGGGCUGUCUGUGCGCACGCCGCGCUCAAGUUAGCAUCGCGUCUCUUGCUGCGUUACGAGCAACGCGGCGAUAGAGACGCGGCGCUCUCGGUACUACGAGAGAGCGUAGCGGGCAUGCGGCCGCUGCUAUGCAGCGAGGAUAUGGAGGUGCAGGAGCGAGCGCACAACGCGCACGCGCUACUCGCGCUCGUUCUUCGUCGCCUCAAUCCCGAAGAUAGCGUGCUGGAACCCGCCACCUCCCAAGCCACAGACGAUGGGCCGCUCGUCGACCAUGAUACAAGCAACGGCCUAGACAUCGAAACAAAUGGCGAAGAUUUGAACGACGAGGAGACAUCGAAGGGCUUCAGCGGCGGCCUAAUACAAGAACUCGCUGACCUGUUCGAUGGAGAGCUCAAGCCUGUCGCGCCUAAAGCGCAGAAGAAAGUGCCCAUGCCCGCCGACUUAGAUCUAGACCAAUGGCUGUCCCGCGAGCGCUGGUCCUCCGACAGCUCAAGCUCAGAAGACGAAGGCGCCGCCGCCGUGUUCGCGCCGCCCGCGCCCGACCCGCGGCCCACUGCGCAGUUCACGCAGGAGGAGCUCGAGAUGCUACGUGAGGCGCGGCGCCAAGAGCAAGCCAACAACCCGCACUACCUGAAGGACGACUCGCCGCGCUCCUACCAGCAGGAGGACAUCCCCGUCGCGGAGAUAGCGCUCGAGGUGCCGCUGCAGAUACACACCAAGAGAUCUGAUAAGUACUUAAUCUCAAGAGAAAGUUCAAAGAAGACGAAGAAAGAGAAGCGGCCGUCGAAGAAACGGAAGAGUAAAAAGGCUGUUCAUACUUCUGAGUCGGAUAGCGAUGAGAACGAGCCGAUUGCUUCGCGGCCGGCUGUGGAGGAAGGCGGCGAGUUGCCCGAGGGCGCGGCCGUGUCUGACGACGACGCGCCGCCGCCGCCUGACGACCCGCACCGAGCGUUAGAUUUGGAUCUUGACCAACCCCUGCGUGACGAUGAGUUACUUACGUCGAGAAUCAAACAAUAUCCUUCGCCAGAGAGUGGGUUCCUAAACAAAAAGUCCAAAGAUUCCAAGAAAAACAAGGCUAACAAAAGUUCUGGAGAAAAAUCCGCCAAGAAAAAGAAAGAUAAGAAAUCUAAAAGUGAUGAUUUAGAUUUAAUGAUAUCUGAUUCGAAGCAAAAUAAUAUAGACGAAGAAAAUAUGCUCAUAGAGAAUGUAAGCAAACCUAAAGUAAAACAUGCGUCCAAGGGAAACUCGUCUGAAGAAGUUAGCGUCGGGAACCACGUUAAGACUGAGAAACACAAGAAGUCUAAGAAGGAGGUUAAGGAUAAGGACUCUAAGAAGAAGAAAUCUUCAAAAAAAGAUAAACAUGAAACUAAAGUGGGAUAUGAGGAAGCUUUAGGAAUAUCGACACCAAGCAAGGAAGUUAUAUAGU